AUUGGCAGUUUGAUUUGGGAGGCACUUGUUGGAAAUUAUUAGAAGAGUUAUUAAGUAAACAGUAUUAUUAAGUUUAAAUGUAAUGGAUCGAGACAGAAGUAAAGAUGCUUCCGAAGGAAUUGCGCCGAUGGGCAUCCAAGCCCUUAAUGAGACAGUGCUCAGUAAUCAACCAGAAUCUCGAUAUGAAUGCCCGGUGUGUCUCAACUGGCUGCGAGACCCAGUCAUCACUACAUGCGGACAUAAGUUCUGUAAGAGCUGUAUUACUUCAUGGUUGCAAAAUAGUGGCCACUGUCCCAUAGACAAUAUAAACUUGAGUAUGAAGGUGGACAUAUUUCCAGAUAAUUAUACCAAAAGGGAAAUACAGGAGCAGAGAAUGAACUGCCCAUUCUCUGCUAAAGGAUGCACAGUAAAAGUAACCCCCCUAGACUUGGAUGCACACAUAGCAGCCUGCGAGUUCAACCAACCAGAGACGUCCACUCAGCCCGAGAUCAAAGUGCCAUGUUCUUUCCAAGCUGUAGGCUGUAAGGACUUGUUCGAAAGCCAGGAGGAGAUGAACCAACAUGUUCAAACUGAUGUGCAGAAACAUAUGAGUCUCCUAAUGAACGCAUACUCCGAGAUGAAGAUAAACAAUGACAUGUCGAACGCCAGCAUCGACGCUAAGGAGCAGGAAGCUAUGACGCUCUGGGAGGCGCCCGAUAAGGACGGCAACCAAGCUGCGUCUGCACCGCUUAACAAUACUAGUGCUCUUAUAAGAGCACUAUACGAAAGAGUAGUAGUCCUAGAGCAGAGAAACCGCGAACAAGACAUAGUCAUAGCGAACAUGUCCAAACAGCUGUCUGCCUUCACCAUAGCUAAGAUGAAACAGAACAAUGAUAUGCUACUCAGAUAUUGUAUGGGUAACUACGUGUGGAAGAUUGAUAACUUUAAAGCGAGGCUCGAUGCGAUGUUGAAGGAUCCUUAUAAGAUGUUGUAUAGCCCCGGGUUUUAUACGUCGCCUAAUGGUUAUAGAUUCUGCGUCCGCCUGAACAUAUCACCAAUGAACCGCCACUGUUUCGCCCUCCACGUGCACCUCAUGAAAACUGAAAACGACGACUGUCUCGACUGGCCUUUCAACGGUCGCAUUUCCUUCGCAAUGAUAAACCAGUAUAACCCAGAACUAUCCCAAAAAGACACUAUGAUGUCCAAUUCCUCACUCAUAGCUUUUAGGAAACCGACUGCGGAGAUUUGUAUGCGAGGUUUCGGCUACACAGAAUAUGCGGUUGUCAGUGAUGUGAUUAGAAAUGGAUUUGUUAAAGAUGAUGUGCUUAUUGUAAGGGUAAGUAUCAAGUGUGUAUGACAUGAGGAGUAGGUUUUUUGUUGUUUUUUUCAAUGACUUGGUCUGUGCAAAAUGUUGUCGAUGUUGGUCGAAAAUCGAGUAAUGAAGUAAGUUUUAUGAAAAAUCGAAGAUAUUGGAAAGCGUAAAGCUAUUAUACGCGUUUUGCACAGGUCAUGUUUUUUUUUUUGUUAAUUGAAAUCAAGUAUUAUAUUUUCUUAUAUGUUAGCAGCUCAAAAAUCUAUAGAAACAUAGAUUCCGUCCAUAAUGUAAUGUUAUUAUACUUAUUAAGAAAUCGAAAUGAUCAAAUAUUAUAUUUUUGUUAUACCAAAUUAUUUUAUCAGGAAUCUCUUUCUUAAAGAAUCUUUAUGAAAAUAUAUACUUUAUCAAGUUAAAUUAAAUCAUUUGAAGAUAUCUUUAAUGUUACCGCAUGUUAUGAAUGUACUUAAAUAGCAAUUUAAAUGUAAGAAUACCGGAUUAAUUCCGUCCACGCCCCAGGGAUUUUAGAAUAGUAAUAUGUAGUUAAUAGAAAUAAUUUUUUGUACAGAGACACAUUUUGAAGCAAUUAUGUAAUUUUAUAUUUUAUAAAUAUUUCGACCUGAAAUAAGUCAAUUAUUCCGAAAUCAGUAUUUUUAUGUACUUACAUUCCAACGUUAUAGAUUAAGCAAUUGUACUUUCAUAUAUUUUAUAUAAUUUUACGUAAUAUUUAAAACGAUUAUUUUAAUACUUGAGACUGGUGCCUUAAUGUACUUAAUAUUUUGUUUGU